AUGGCUCGCCAAUAUCCGGACUCAUUGCCGAGGCGGUUGCUGGUUUUCCGACACCACAGACCGAAAUUCUGGGCUAUGUAUGUGGAUGACACCUUCGUCCUAAUGGAGCGGGAUCAGGUGCUGACAUUCGAGGAACGUCUAAACACCGUCUUCCUGGACAUUCAAUGUACGAUGGAGGAAGAAGAAAAGAACCAGCUGGCAUUUCUGGAUGCCCUCGUUUGCCGCAAAGACGGUGGUGACCUAAAAACUAAAGUCUUCAGGAAAGCAACCAACGCUAUACAAUGGUCUAAGUCGUGGGUGUAUUCGGAUCACUACAAUCAUCGGGCCAAAUCCCAGGUUGGAAGAAAAAAGGCAGAAGUCACCAGAAGGAGUGGUUUGUUGUGCACAGAAAUCUCUAUUGCUGUCUCAGGUGGCAGUGGCCACUGGCGAAGCCAGGGCUAG